CUCCGCGUGUACACCGGCGUCGCCAUGCCGACAGCGAUGGGAAGCAGUCUACCAGGGGGGCAGACGGACAUCACCACAAUGGCCAUGUCUAUCCUAGACGAGCUGGCCAGCCCGUACAUGAAGAACGGCACCGUGGUGGAGAUGGUGCCGGACGAAAUGAUCUAUAUGGUCCACCCGCACUGGUACCGGUUCCCUCCCAUGAACCCCCUCUGGCACAGCCUGCUCGGCUUCGCCAUGGUCGUGCUGGGAAUCAUCUCGGUCAUGGGAAACAGCAUGGUCAUCUACAUCAUGACCACCACCAAGUCAUUGCGCACACCUACCAACAUGCUGGUUGUCAACCUCGCCUUCUCAGACUGGUGUAUGAUGGCGUUUAUGAUGCCGACAAUGGCGGCCAACUGCUUCGCUGAAACGUGGAUCCUGGGGCCGUUCAUGUGCGAGGUGUACGGCAUGGUGGGCUCGCUGUUCGGCUGUGGCGCCAUCUGGUCUAUGGUGAUGAUCACGUUGGACCGGUACAAUGUGAUCGUGCGCGGCGUGGCAGCGGCGCCACUCACGCACAAGAAGGCGGCGUUAAUGAUCUUCUUCGUCUGGUUUUGGGCCCUCUCCUGGACGUUACUACCCUUCUUCGGCUGGAGCAGAUACGUACCCGAGGGCAACAUGACGAGUUGCACCAUCGACUACCUGACCAAGACACUGCUGUCGGCGUCGUACGUGGUGUCGUACGCUGUGGGCGUCUACUGGACCCCGCUCUUCAUCAACAUCUACUGCUACUCUAAGAUCGUGCGCACCGUGGCGCAGCACGAGAAGCAGCUGCGCGUGCAGGCACGCAAAAUGAACGUGGCCUCGUUGCGUGCAAACGCCGAGCAGAACAAGACCAGCGCCGAGGCCAGGCUCGCUAAGAUUGCCAUGAUGACCGUUGGCCUGUGGUUCAUGGCUUGGACGCCGUACCUGACCAUCGCCUGGGCGGGCAUCUUCAGCGAUGGCUCCAAGCUGACGCCCCUGUCCACCAUCUGGGGCUCGGUGUUCGCCAAGGCGAACGCCUGCUACAACCCCAUCGUGUACGGCAUCAGCCACCCCAAAUACCGAGCCGCCCUGGCACGUCGCUUCCCGUCCCUGGUGUGCGUCCCGCCACCGGGUGCAAGCGACGACACGCGCUCCGAAGCGUCCGGCAUCACUACCGUGCCGGAAGACCGCGUCAUGACCACCGAGACGUAGACGUCAUACGGCGCCACUCACUUGGUCGUCGUCGUCGCGUAAGAUUCCGGAUUGGAGCAUCGCUGUUAGCCUCACAACAUGCACCAACAGCAGCGCACAAGAUGAUCAAAAGGUGCUCGUACCGA